AGCCCCUCCAAUACACGCGGAGAUUACAUAAGGAGAGUGUUUUCAGCUGGUGAGGUGGGUGGUGAAAAAUGUCCCCCUUCUCCAACAAUUGAACCCCAUUCACAGCUACAACAACAACAACAACAACAACAACAACAACAACAACAACAACAACAAAGGUGCGUUGUCUUAGCUUAAGUGGCACAUCGUACACCAGAGAGGAAAAUGUCUGCCAUAUACGAGGAAUCAAAGAACGAAAGAGAGCCUGAGAAUAUCGAAGAAGAAGAAGAAGCUGUUGACGAGGAACAAUCUGAGGCAAUUCAAGAUGUAAUUGAAGAUGUAAUUGAAGAAAUCAUUCAGGAGGAUGCUGCUUAUGAUCAAUUUGUUGAGGAUAUUGCUGAAGAGAUUACGAGAGAAGUGGCGGAUGAAUUGGCCCGUGAGAUCGUACAAAUACAGGAUGAAUUGGAUGAAGUAGAAGAAAUAAUCUCCAGAGAGAUUGAGCAAAGCGAACCUGUUGAAUCCAGGGCACUAACGUCUAAUACACAGGGCCGUACGUUCGGUUCUAUACUGGCGUCUCUUUCUAUCAACCUUAUACUACCGUUCAUCAACGGUCUCAUGCUGGGAUUCGGCGAGAUCAUUGCACAUGAACUUGGGUUCCACUACAACUGGUUUGGUGCAAAUGUAAGUCCUUUAUAAAGUGACUCAAGAGCUCACAAGUUACUAAUAGAGAAUAGAUUUAUCGUCCAAGAAGAAACGACAACAAUGGCAAGCCAAAGUUGUUAUGAUC